AUGUGUAAGAUCACCGAGACCGAGUACAAAUGUGGACAUUCCACUACGACCUCUCGCCCUUGUGAGAAGGCCAAAGAGUCCAACAGCACAUGGGGCUGCUUACGCUCCUCCAAGGCCAAGUACUGCUCCCACCCCCGAGAGAUAAAGAAGGAGCAUGAGGGCCUUUGCGACAAGUGCCGAGAAAGAGCAGCCAGUAAGACUAGGCAGGGCAGAUCAGCUAGCAAGUCUAGAGAGCAUGCCCCCGCUCACAAUGAUAACAUAAAACUGCUCAAGGGAUCGGCUACUGAACGUCAUGACUUCUUCCUCCAACAAGGGGCACCCUCAAAAGAGUCCAGAGGCAGGUCCAGAGAUGAGUACAGAAGCGAAUUUGAAGGCACUCGUAGUAACAAAAGAUCAAGCAUGAUCAACCUCCCUCAUGACAAGGCAGCGAUUCCGCCCCAGCGAGGAUCCAUCUCCAACUACAAGAGCAAGCCGUUGCCUAAUCUUCCUCCCAACGCUUCGAAAUCUUCAAAGAUCGGAGGGUCAUUCGCUUCAACCUCGAGAAGCACCUCCAGAGACGGCCGCCCUCUAGUCCCUCCUCCGCGGCAUGGCCCUUACAUUCCAGAUCGCGAUAUUACAGCGGUACCUGCUCCGCUCCGACCCCGUCGACCCUCCGAGUCCCAGGCGAGGGGAAACAUUCGGGAAUCUCAGAUGUUCACGAACCCCGGCCCCGCGCCGUCCAUCCCUUACCCCGUGCCACAUGAAAGAGGCCGCAAUGCCGACCCCAGGCCGUUGCCCCUGCAACAGCAGCAGAAAGGGCAAGUAUCCUACCCCCCGAAUGCCUCUCGUCACCACACCGAGGUACCCCGCAGAAGACUGUCAAAGACAAGACACACUGAAGCUAUUGACGAUUGCGGCGGUAGAAGUAGAUCAGCCAGCAAGACCCGCGAGCGGUCCCUUUCUCGUAGCCGACAUGGCAGCAAGCACGACAAGGGUGAAAAGAAGCACCACCAAAAGCAACCCAGCGCCGCUAGCUCUUUUAUGAACAAGCUCAAAGCUGGUCUCGGUUACGAUGAAUAUGAUGACGAUGGAAGCGACUCGGAUGAAUGGGUUUGCGCUGACAGUCGGGCGCUUGAGAGAGGGGAGAGUGUUCGGCCGAGCGCGACUACUACCUCACGGAGAAGAAUGAGCUACCAGGCAGGUGACUCCUAUUACAUGCAACGGUAA